AUAUUUGAUGCUAGGAUGGUGUUGUUCAACAAAGUUGCCAAUCACCAAAUAAGAGGUAUUGCCUUGGCCACCAUGGGAUGGAUAAUGUGCAUCACGUCUAUGAGCCUUCCACAGUGGAGAGUGUGGUACAUGGAAGAACCCAUGCUGUCGUAUCCAAGCAUGGCAUUUAUAGGUAUGUGGAGGUCCUGUAUCUGCCACCACCUCGACAACUCCAGCCACUUGAGAGUUUGUCAUCGCUACAACUACCAUGACACGCUUAUUCCUUUGGAUAUCCGGGUAUCUCAACAUCUGCUCCUAGUUGCAAACAUUAUUGGUCUGAUUGGUACAGCUUCUGCUGUCCUUGCUCUACAGCAAGUAUUCGCGAAGAAGCCACGGAAGAAUGACAAUUACAAUCCAUUUGUCCUUUCAGCCAUUCUCAGUGCUAUUGCGAGCAGCUUUAUUUUUCUUGCAGUUAUGUGUAAUUACUUCUCAGUGUCCAACAAGAAGGGGGUAGCUUUCAUCCCUUCUUUCCAAAUGCCAGUUUUUUACUAUGCUCAAAGAGGAGGAAGUGCCAUGGGAGUGGCAAGCAUAGCUGCUAUACUGUUUUUGUUAAGUGCUAUGAUAUUUAUUUCUUACUGUCCUUCCUUGGAAGGCGGUAUGCUUCCUGAUGUCUGA